GUCAAAAGGAACAAUUACCAUAUUGCGUAGUUUUGAACCUUCAAUAAUCAAUUCAAUUCGUACGUAUAUAUAAAUAUAACGUUAUUGAAAAUAAUGGCAUUCCCGGUUUGUAUUUUUGUUUUGUAUACGACUUAUGUAUUAUUAAUAGAAAGUGUCACGAUGUAAACGUUUUAAAAUGAAAAUACGUUUAGAAACAUAAACCAAACCCAUAAAUUGUGUUUAGCGUGGCUUACGCCUAGUCAAAGACUGGAGAUCAGCCUCACUGUUGGUACCGGUGUUGCGUUGCCUCGUCGGGCAGACUUCACAAUGGGCCGUUGAGCGAAUCACAGCGUAAGCACGUUUGUUAAAAAUAAAAAAAAAAUUAAAAAGUGCUCAAAUUGUAGUCAUACGUGCGGCGGAUACAUUUUGAGAGUUGUUUUUAAAAUAAAUAAAAUUAUCGUUGCUCGCCGGGAAGGCGACAAGGCAAGCUGGGAAUAUAAAGGGAUGACAGCAAACCUUGUGGAGCGUGGUGGAGAAAAAAAGGAAAAGAGACAGAGAGAACUGGAGCCAGACAUCCAAUCCAUUGGCAAGCGCUUACGCAGAGGUGUCUUGGCCCCCCCUGAAAGGAUAUUAGGAAAGCCUCCUGCUGGAGACGGAAUGAGGGGGAUCACGGUGCCGGGGCUGCGGGAGGAGGACCUUUUAUAUCACAGUAGAAGAGAUGACAAGAGCAGCUCCAAUCCAAGCAUAGUUGUAAGGAGUAGUUUGAAUUGUGGGGUAAGCCUUUGUCUUAAUGGUGGAACUUGCGUCCCAAACCCAGUGAGCUCGUUGGGAUUUUUUUGCGUGUGCAUUCCAAGCAGAGCUGGAGAAUUCUGUGAGAAAUCUGUUGGAGGUGUCAUCAGCUAUUCUGCCCUAGCUCUUAUCAUUACGGGGGUCAUUCUCAUAUUGAUUUUGGUCCUUGUGUCAUGCUGUGCUAUUUUUGGUCUGUAUAUCAAGGAAAGAGAUCGUCUGGUCAGUUCUUUAACGGAGAAAGGAUCUGCUCUUGGUUUCUGCUCAGGUGAACGCCCCACAUCUCAGUCACUCAACCCUGUCUCCCAGUCCCACCUUCGUGAGCAUCGGUACUCAAAACAAAGCGGAAGAUCAUCUAAUGCUCCAGCAAGCAAAUCAAAUGCACAACCAGCAACCUCUUCAGUCAUACAGAGUUACAAACCGUCUACUGCAACACCCAGCUCUGCCAAACAGCCCAUGCCAGGUACAAAUACAGAAAUGGCUUCUCAGUGGCAAAAAGCAGGUAUGCAAACUUACAUGCUAUCUGGUUUUCAUGGAACAUCAACAGUCAGAAAGGUAAUGCCACAAGAGCCCUCUGAUGAUAACUGGAGUUCAAGAGACUUGGGGACUACUGAAAGAACUAUUCCUACCUGUAGGGCAAUCAAAGCCAACAGCAGUUCUCCAAAAACUUCCAGUGAUUUUCGGGAAAUGGACAGCGAGAGGGAGGUUGAAGACCACAGCCCACAUCUGAGGUCAUCAUCCAGUCCUGUGACCUAUGAGAAGCUGAUGAACAUGAUGCACAUCUACUUUGAAGCCAUCAACACCUCAGACCCAGUCUCUCCAGCCGGGCCCAGCAUGGAGUACUCAAAACAAAGCAGAAGAUCAUCUAAUGCUCCAGCAAGCAACUCACAUGAACAACCAGCAACCUCUUCAGUCAAAAAGACUGAUGCAGGGCCAUCUGGUGUUCAAGGGACGUCAACAGUCAGAAAGGUAAUGCCACAAGAGCCCUCUGAUGAUAACUGGAGUUCAAGAGACUUGGGGACUGCUAAUGAAAGAACAAUUCCUACCUGUAGGGCAAUCAAAGGCAGAAAUUAUGCAGAAUCUUCCAAUGAUUUUCGGGAAAUGGACAGCGAGAGGGAGGUUGAAGACCACAGCCCACAUCUGAGGUUAUCAUCCAGUCCUGUGACCUGUGAGAAGCUGAUGAACAUGAUGCACAUCUACUUUGAAGCCAUCAACACCUCAGACCCAGUCUCUCCAGCCGGGCCCAGCAUGGUCAGUCCACCAGGAGCAAAGAGCUGCAGGGCCAAUUCACCAAACAUGCAGAGCUUCAAUGCAACUGCAAAAAGAUCAGACAGCACCGCCUCGCAAUGUGGGUCUGCUCAUUCCUCACCCAAUAGCCCUGUCAUUAACUGGCCUGUCUUAGAUUCAGGACGGCACUACGAGCACAUUGCACACUGCACGUGGAGCGACAGUGAUGAGGAAUCCGAAAAUUAAUUGCUAUUGCCGUGACCCUGAUGUUUUAUAAGAUAGUGAAUUUGUUGUUAUUAGCUAUUAAGAGAGAUAUAAAAGAUCAUAAACUUAAGUCUGUAUCUUUCUUUUGACAGCCAUUUGGGUCCAGAUCCAUAUCUUGUAGUGUUUGGAUAUGGAUAAUUAAAGACCCAUCACCACUUUCAUUAAAAAAGCCAAACUUUUAAAAGAGGGGGCCAAGUUAGACCCAGUUAUUUCACCUGCAAAGGUCUUGCCUUUUUAAUUAUUUGUUCUUGCUUGGACCUUUUUUUUUAUAGACAACAAAUGAUACCUUUACAACAUGUUUUUGUGUGUGUGUGUGUGUGUGUGCGUGUGUUGUUUCAAAAUAUUCAAUAAAACAUUACAAAUAGAAAAUAUUUU